AUGAAAAAGCGGUUCCAAGAAUGGUUCUAUACCCUUCUGACCAACGACAAGUACUCCGACUUUGACUCCCGCAAGUCUUUCAACCGUGUCUACAAUUCGUCUUCUGACGUCCUUUUCCACCAAACAAAUGGCAGUUCUGCGAGUCUAAUGGCUCCCGAAAGAGAUUCUACCGACAUCGACUUGGCGUCUCGAAUGGAAGGUGUUCAUGAAGUACGGCUCGCUUGGCGUCACAUAAAGAAUUGGAUUCUGAAAAACUUUCCUGAAGUCGAGUCUACGUUGCAGAGUCCAUGUACAAACUCUGAUCUAGCCGAAGUCCAGAAAGAUUUGGGCAUUAUACUUCCAAGUUGCGUUCUGGAGUUCUAUAAACUCACCGAUGGACAGGAAUUUCUCCAGGGCUCUGUAGGCUUGAUUUAUGGCCUUCGUCUUCUUCCCAUUGACCAGGUGGUGGUGGAAACCGAGAACUGGAGAAAGGUAGUACACUCCACACCUCAGCAAGCAUCCACCCAUCCCCAAAGACGAACAUUGCUGCAAUUGGGUAAAGCCCAAGUCUCGGAAUCGGAUCUCACGUCGCAUUCGUCUUCUUCUGUUGAUUUGUUCGAAUCGACAUCAAAACCUGAUAUUCAUGAUAAUUCAAGAACCGCCUCAGACACUUCGUCUUUUUCUCAUUCCUUCAUACCCAGACAACGUUCAAUCCCUCCGGGUGCCAUCCACGAGUCAUACGCCCACGAUAUGUGGAUUCCACUCGUCACUGAUGGCGUGGGAAACUGUAUAGGCAUAGACUUGUCUCCACCUCCAAACGGACCAGGAGUCGUGGGACAAGUAAUACUAUUCGGACGUGAGUUCGACACAAAGUACCAGGUUGCCAAAACUUGGGGUGAUUUUCUUUUGAUUUUUGCAAAUGACUUGGAAAAUGGUAAUUUUAACUUGAAACAACCUACAGAAGAUAUGAAUUAUGGCGAUAUGUUAUUUGGAAGCAUUGGCGAGCUUGUGUUUUACGAUAAGGAUACGAAAGAGGAGCUCGACUACUUUGAAGUUCUUAAACGAAGGACGAUGAAACAAUGGCUUUCUUCCAUAGAUGAGUCCCAGCAAUCAGAAACAGUGAAAACCUUAAUUAACCAGUUCAGAAGCAAAAAGACAAUGCUUGUUCCAUUGAGGGAAAUGUCCGUUGACGAUGUGAUUCGCAGCAACUUGGCAUCGAUCGACACUAUCAAUGAACCAUUGAAUCUGAAACGCUCAAAGCUCACGGUCAAAACCACCUCCAAGUCCAGCUCCGAGAACGAUAAACCAGAUCUCAAAAGCCCGCUUUCGCAAGAAAUUGAGUUCGACUUGGCCGAUUCCGAAUCAUGA